AAAGAUCCACGUUAAUAGAGGACAAUAAAAGAUAGCUAUCCAACACGUACUCUGGGGACUCAAGAGUUUAGGGCGUCGAAUUGAUUAAUAAGUAAACGAAGCUAUUAGUCUACACCUUUUCUCUUAUUUUAGGGGCACUUGUAGAGGAGCCUUGCUUGCAGCGGCUCACACACUAAGAAUGGGCGUGAGUUGUCCCUCGAAAGGAGAGCCUAGAGACCCCUGCUUUCGUUUUUCUCUCUCUUCCAACGAUCAGAGGAUCUCACUUCUGCCUGUGAAAGACAGCGAACACAAGAGCGGGAUGGAGAGCACAGGAAUGACAAAUAUAGCAGUGUAAAUCAUCUCCCAAAAUCUAAGACGCACAGGAGGGAGGGGAGCCUAAGUGCGUCUGUGUCAAAGAGCGAGGGAGCAUCGCAGACAGAGGAAGAGAGAAAGGAAGAGAGAGGAAAAGGGGGAACGAGCCUGAACCAGGUGAUCAAUAAACCUCCAAGGGGUUGCCAGGGUUGUCUCAUUGUACGCUGGAUCCAGUGAUCCAACUAUGGUGCCAUCGCGCUGCCCGGGACCCUGUGCCAUCCUGGCACUGGCUUUCUUCUUGGGAUGUGGCGUGGUCCUGUGCUCCGGCCAGAACGACACGGAGCCCAUAGUGCUGGAGGGAAAGUGUCUAGUGGUGUGUGACUCGAACCCUUCCUCGGAUGGAGCGGUGACCUCCUCACUUGGCAUAUCCGUCCGCUCCGCAGGGGCGAAAGUGGCUUUCUCCGCCGUACGCGGGACUAAUCAUGAGCCGUCUGAAAUGAGCAACACGUCAAUGACCAUCUAUUUUGAUCAGGUUUUAGUCAACAUCGGCAAUCAUUUCGACCUAAAAGCGAGUGUUUUCCAGGCUCCAAGAAGGGGGAUUUAUAGUUUCAGCUUUCACGUUGUGAAGGUCUACAACAGACAAACUAUACAGGUCAACCUAAUGCAAAACGACUAUCCCGUUAUAUCCGCUUUCGCGGGUGACCAGGACGUUACAAGGGAGGCCGCCAGCAACGGCGUGCUGCUGAUGGUGGAACGUGAGGACCGGGUGUACUUAAAGCUGGAGCGGGGCACCCUUAUGGGCGGAUGGAAAUACUCAACCUUCUCAGGCUUUCUAGUCUUUCCUCUAUAAUCCCAUCAUCGAGGAUCGGGACUACGCUUAAGUUAAGGAACAACAAGAAAAAAGUAUAUUCAAAAACAUGCCAUUUAUUUUGCAAACUGUCAGCCAAGGAAGCCGACGAAUAUCUGUACACUCCGUCUAACACUAUAGUCAACUCUCAACGUUUCCUUGGAGUUUCAUAUAUUCAAACCUAUCGACUUUUACGCAAUCUGGAUGACUAAAAUGUAUCGAUCGGGCCAGUGAGUGGCAUGUGCUUGUCGACUGUGUGGAUUUUCCCCCUCAUUGCCUGGAGACCAAACUUUUUAGCAACGUUGAAGACGAGGAUGUGGAGGAAAAAAAAACCUGACUGUGUUAUGCUUUAUUUCUGUUUGUAUAGCCUUAAAGAAUAAAUGGUGAGGUAUCUACGGACAGCCAGGAAGAGAGAAACGUAUCCACGCCCAGAGGCUUUUUUUUCUCUUUUUCUUUUCUUCUUUCUUUCUUCCUUUUUUUCUUUUGCACGAAUGGAAGUUUCCACUUUUUUAUGUUUUUUGUUGUGCUGUCUAUGGUGUUGCGUCUGAAUGCUCAACGUAUUGAAAAUAAGCCAAACUGUGGGCCGCUUAUGAGUUUAUUACAUGAGAGAAAGAGGGAACAUUGCAGACAGAAAGAUAUUACAGUAAAGGCGACAUAUUCCAGCCUCAAGAGAUGACUUACAACCCUUUUAUUUAAGAACAACAAUAAUAAUUUAAACAAGAAAAUAGAUAUCUAAUUUAUGAAGUACAUAUUCACAGUACUAUGUGUUCUACAUUUUGGAAUUUGCGUAGCUUUGACUGAUUUUAAUGUUCAGUGACUUUGCUCACUUAAUGUACAUUGUGGAAAAAAUUAGAAGAAUCCCUAUAUAUAUAUAUGUCCCGCUUAAUAAAUGAUAUUGUAUUGUAUAGGCUGAUUCAUCGUUGUUAUUUAAAGAAGCAACUUGAAGUGAAAGAAGGAAUGCAUACUUUAAAAGGGAAGGCCUUGAAGGGAAACCAGGCAUGUCACUGUCUGUGGUGCUGAAGAUUGAAACUCGCACAACAGCUGUUAAUUUGAGAAGAAUGAAUGCACCUUGCUGAAGAUCUUUAGUUAAAUUUUGAUAUUUAAAUAACUGUGUUUCUUUUAUGCUAAGGAGCUUUAGUUUUGGUGCUUAAAAAAUGCAUGCUUUUGUCUGUAUAAUACAUUUUGCAGCACACUAUAGAGACUGCUGCACCCAUUGAACUCCACAAGGUAAAGUGCAGGAAAAUCACCUUUAAGUGAGAAACUGAUAGCAUAAAGCUUUACCCUUCCUUAAAAAGUUGUGUCUUUACUAUAAAAAUGAUCAGUUGUCUUGCAAAUAAACAGCUGUUUAUAUUUUAACCGGUUUAUCCACAAGCCCGUCCCUAACUAUCUCCUUCAUAGUCAGACAAUAUGUUGCCUUCUACUCUCCCUUUUUUGUAUUAUUAAAUUAUAGUCAAUUCCACACCUAGUCGAGAUGCUUCAAACUAAUCAAAGUAAAACAAAACAAUUUGCCGACUCGUUUCAUUUCCCUGCUUUGCAAUAGAGAAUAUUCUCCGCAACAGAUACGCAGGUAUCUAAAAAGUUACCCCUGAGACUUUCUCUUUUUUAUUUGGCUGGGGGCUAUUCUACAGCAUGGACUAUGCAGAAUGUUUCACUCACAAUUAUUGAUAUAUUUUUUUUUAAACAGUUACCCUGUGCAUUUAAAUGCUUCCCUGACUCCUGAAAAAGAAUUAGAAGUAAUUGUGUUUUUUGUGUAACUUAAUUGGCAUUACUUUAUCAUAAUUCAGUUAAUAUAAACACAAAAGUUUCAAGGCGUUGCACACCUACUGUAUGUGUAAACAUGUCUUGUUUGAAUUAAGUGUAUCCUGCUGCUCUUUGCGGUUACAAAGUUUCUUGCCUUUUUUUUCCUUGUCCAAAUUCGAGUUAACCAUCCACAGAAGUUGGUAAUGAUUGAGAACAUCUUUUUUUGGUAAGCUUAUGAUAAUGGGAAACAUUCAAUACACCUGUAAGGAAAUACAAGUGAAAGUCAUUUUGAUCAAUAUUGUUAAAUCUCGGCAAAGCAAAAAAGUUUUGUAGCAUUUUUUUUGAAAAGCGUUAUAAUCUUUUUCCUCUGCAGAGACAUACAAAGUAUUUAAGUGGUUAAAAACAUGUAGACUUGUAGUGUAGUCAAUUUGAAAAUGGUUUCCUUUAUUUUAAGGCAUUCUGUAUUGGGAUCUUCAGUUCCAGUCCUCUAGGUCCAGUGUCUUUCACCUUUUAAAUGUUUUUUUAUACCUUAAAAAACUGAAUUUAAUGUCUGAAAUUAUUUCCUCAGUAUGCUUUCAAGUUUCCUGGAGUCCUGCUAAUCACCUGAAUUUUUGAUUCAGGUGUGUUGAAGCAGACAUACAACUAAAUGGGACAGGACAUCGAACCUGGGGAAUUUGAAUUGAAUAACCUAGCUUUAUAUGUGUUUUGAAUUGAAGUUGCAGACAAAUGUGCUUAAGUUGGACUACCACACUUUAAUGAUCAUCUGUUGCCGGUUUGAAAAAUUUAUAUUUCAAAGACGAAAACCAAAAUCCUAUAUCAAACAAUUCAUGUUUUUUUUUUUUUUUUUAUGCAAUUUUAAAUUCAAAAUAUUCUAAGAUUUGAACUAAAAUGUAUGUUUUAUUUACAGUCUAAAGCUUAUGAGCAAAAUGAAAAAUCUCAAUGUCUUGCACUUUUGAUUAUUCUUAGCUUGUUGAAGCAUGUUAACACUGAAUAUUAUCUAUGUCAAAACACGGGGGUGCUUUAACCUGGGAUUUGAAUGAACACUAACAGCUGCUGGGCCAUCUGAGAAUAUCUCAGAUAUGGACAGCUGGAAACUUGAGCUUACUUGUUUGCUCGAUUUUGCAGCGUGAAUACCUGAUUUAUUCAUUUGCCUUUUUUCUCUACCUUCAGCUUGUUUGUAACAGAGCACAACAGCUGAGAACAAAGAGAAAGACCUGCCUAAAUGCUGCUUAUGCCAGCAAUAGGCCUCAGCAAAGGGGUAGAAACUGCCAGGGAAUCACUGCGUUGUAGGGAGCACAUUAAAUUUGCCGAACAAGAGCUUAAUUGUCUCCAUGUUGGAAUGAAAACUGAGUUCAAAUUAUCCUCUUUGGUUAAACAUGCACAAUUGAAAGACUCUUAUCAAAUAAACUUGUGCAGCAGUAUAUUAUUUAAACAGACACAAAAUGUAGUAUUUCUAGGUUUUCUUUUACUAUUAAAAAGCUUUUUAAGCCCUCUCCACGAAAAACAAAGUGUAACUAAUACCAACAGUAUUGCAAAUAGCCAUUUUAACAAGAAGAUGUCUUGCUUAACAACAACAUCAGGCUCCUUAUAACUGUUCAACAGACUUGAGGCUGCCUUUACUGAAGCACAGAUGGUAUUUUACUGCACUUUGCAGAACACAUACAGACAAUUGCCCAGUACAGCUGCCAUUAAAAAAGCCCCAAACUCGUAUCACGUUUAAUGGUCUCUUAAAAUAUGUUCUCCUGGCACACAUUAUUUGAGGGAUUCUGCCCUCUGAUUUCUAUGAGUCUGGAACAAAGGUGAAAACAGCUAGAUCAUAGAUUGGCUGGGCCUUCACAGUGGGGAAUGGAAGGCAUAGUUAUUUGCUUUGGAGCUUAAAUGAUCUAAUAGUUUUGCAUCAGUUAUGUCCAUUAUGCUGUUGGUUUAGGGGAUUUUAUUUCACAUUUUGACCAUGGAGACACAUUUGGAAUAGUUAAGCCCAACUGCAUGUUUUCUUUCUUUCUUUUUUUUUUUUCUUAUUGUAUAUAGCAAAUUUGAAUAUAUCUACUGCGGAGAAAUAACGUCAACAAAGUCAGCUAAAGGUGAUUUAAAAUUUUCCUUUGAACACCAAGGGUGUAUUUUGCAUUUAAACCCAGCUCCUAUUUUACUCUUUAAUUACUCCAUUGAUUAAUUGUGUGAUUUGUCAAUUAGAGGAAUGGAUUUUUAUUAGAUUUAAUUUUUGCAGUUUUUUUUAGCAUGUUAACAAGAGCAGAUGAAUGUUAAAAUUGUGCAAAACAGAGGCUGCCGUUGUCCUCUUUUGCCCUACGUUAGAUAGCUCAAAAUGUAAAAGGGAAAAGUUGCUUUUUAAAAGCACUCAAACAUCCAUUUUACAUGAAGCAAAAAUGUUCCAUUGGCAAAAUGUAUUGCUCAAU